AUGGAUGCACUUGCUCAUGCCUCCGCCCGCCGCAUCGCAUGCCACGCCGACCUCCCGCUGCCGUCGGCGCCACCUGUGCCGCGCCAGCCUCCCUCCGUCACCCCUCAUCGUCCAGCCUCCCCCUACACCUCAAGCACCGCCUGCCUCGCCCUCGCCGCCACCGCCGGCAUACUCCAAGCUCGUGCCCAGCUUGACAGCAAAGCUACAAGUUUCAUCAGCGUAGACUGUGGCCUCCCGGGGAAGACGAGCUACGUGGACGACAAGACCAAGAUUUCCUACGCGGCGGACGACGGCUUCACCGACGGCGGCUCGUUCCACAACAUCUCGGCGGAGUACUUCGCACCGGCGCUCUCGGCGCGCUACUACAACGUGCGCAGCUUCCCCGACGGCGCGCGCAACUGCUACACGCUCCGGUCGCUCGUGGCCGGGCACAAGUACCUCAUCCGCGCCACCUUCAUGUACGGCAACUACGACGGCCUCAGCAAGCUGCCAAUCUUCGACGUCUACAUCGGCGUCAACUUCUGGAUGAUGGUCAACAUCACGGACCCCGCCGGCUCGACGCUCCUGGAGGCCAUCGUCGUCGUGCCGGACGACUUCGUGCAGGUUUGCCUCGUGAACACCGGCACCGGGACACCGUUCAUCUCCGGGUUGGACCUCAGGCCUCUCAAGAAGAAGCUCUACCCGCAGGCAACCGAGACGCAAGGCCUGUCCUUGUUCGGUAGAUGGAAAUUCGGGCCGACCAGUAAUACCGAAAUCAUCAGGUACCCCGACGAUCCACGCGACAGAGUAUGGACACCUUGGGACUCGCCAUCAAAUUGGACCGAGAUAUCAACGACGAGGCCGGUGCAGCAGACAUACGACGACCUGUUCGAGGUGCCAACGGCGGUGAUGCAGACGGCUAUUGUCCCAAUGUUUGCCACAGACAACAUCGAGCUCGCAUGGGUAGCCUACACACAGCCCAAGGACCCGUCGCCGGGGUACAUCGCCAUCAUGCACUUCUCCGAGCUGGAGCUCAGCCCCCCCAGCCGUGAUGUGCGAGAAUUCUACAUCAACCUCAACGGCAACAUGAUGUACAGCAAGGGCUACAAGCCAGUGUAUCUCUACGCCCACGCCAUCUACAACACCAACCCCUUCCUACGAUACCCGCAGUACAAUAUCUCCAUCAACGCCACCUAUAACUCGACGAUGCGACCGUUCAUCAACGCCAUGGAGGUGUACUCCGUUUUCUCCACCACCACCAUUGGCACAUAUGGUCAGGACGCUUCUGCCAUGAUGGUGAUCAAGGAAAAGUAUCAGGUGAAGAAGAAUUGGAUGGGUGAUCCGUGCAUUCCGACAGAAUUUACAUGGGAAAGUUUGACAUGCAGCUAUGAAAACUCCAAACACGUAAUAAAAAUAAACCUGUCCUCCAGUGGUUUGAGUGGUGAGAUAUCAUCUUCUUUUGGGGAUCUCAAGGCUCUUCAAUACUUGGAUUUGUCAAACAACAAUUUGACAGGUUCGAUUCCGGAUGCACUUUCACAGUUACCUUCAUUGACAGUAUUAGAUCUGACAGGAAAUCAACUCAAUGGUUCAAUUCCAUCUGGACUUCUCAAAAGAAUUCAAGAUGGUACCCUAAAUAUAAAAUAUGGAAAUAAUCCAAACCUCUGCACCAACGACAAUUCAUGUCAGGCAGCAAAACACAAGAGCAAGCUUGCCAUCUACAUAGUCGCUCCUGUAGUUCUGGUUCUGGUGAUAGUAUCAGUCACAAUACUACUCUUUUGCCUUCUAGGACAAAAAAAGAAGCAAGUUGCUCCAUUCUUCGCUUAUGAAGGAUCAAUGAACACUUCUAUAAAGCCGCAAAAUGAGGCGAACUAUGUGCCGACAAAUGACAGCGAUGGGCAUGGUUCAUCAAUGCAGCUUGAGAACCGACGAUUUACAUAUAAAGAUCUGGAAAAGAUAACGAACAACUUUCAACGAGUGCUCGGCCGAGGAGGGUUUGGGAAGGUCUACGAUGGCUUCUUGGAAGAAGGUACUCAAGUGGCAGUCAAAUUGAGGUCUGAAUCUUCCAAUCAAGGUGAUAAGGAAUUUCUCGUAGAGGCUCAAAUUUUAACUCGGAUUCACCAUAAGAACCUUGUCUCCAUGAUCGGUUAUUGCAAGAAUGGGAAAUACAUGGCACUUGUCUAUGAGUAUAUGUCAGAAGGAACCCUUCAAGAACACAUUGCGGGUAAAAGAAACAACGGGAGACAUUUAACCUGGAGGGAGAGGCUUCGAAUAGCGUUAGAAUCCGCUCAAGGGCUAGAGUACCUACACAAGUGGUGCAAUCCGCCUCUUAUUCAUAGAGAUGUGAAGGCUACCAACAUUCUAUUGAAUGCGAGGCUAGAGGCUAAGAUUGCUGAUUUUGGCUUGUCCAAGUCAUUCAAUCUUGAGAAUGGCACCCAUGUAUCUACGAACACGCUUGUUGGUACUCCCGGAUACGUGGAUCCAGAGUACCAAGCAACAAUGCAACCAUCGACCAAGAGUGAUGUCUAUAGCUUUGGUGUCGUCCUGCUAGAACUGGUAACAGGAAAGUCGGCUGUCCUACGUGAUCCAGAGCCCAUAAGCAUUAUCCAUUGGGCGCAACAACGCCUAGCACAGGGUAAUAUCGAAGAAGUGGUGGAUGCAUGUAUGUGUGGCGACCAUGAUGUAAUUGGUGUAUGGAAGGUUGCGGACAUCGCAUUCAAGUGUACCGCGCAGGUAUCAGCGCGACGGCCCACUAUGACUGACGUGGUUGCGCAGUUACAAGAGUGCCUUGAGCUUGAGGAGGAGCAUUGUGCCGUCAAUGAUGCAAACAACAACUUCUACACCAGCAAUAACAGCAAACCUAACUCAAGUUAUGACACAUACGCCGCUGACCACUCUAUCGAUGUGAGUCAGAACAGUGUUGCAUUUGAGAUGGAGAAAAAUUUUGGAAGGAUGCCAUCAACAGCCCCCGGUCCCGCCACACGAUAAAUUCUUUUGCCCAUCUGAUCUGAAUGCUGCCAUUUCCAGGGAGAUAUCUCUAUGGAAGGUUUAAACAAUGUUGUUUUACCAAAUUAAAAUACAAAUGUACAAAUUAAUUUCAAAAACUCAAGAUUUUGGUUUGGAACUCAGAAUUCAUGUACUUGUCUCCUCUUUGAGUGGAAUUAUUGUCGCCUACUAUUCUU